GCGCCAACCCCCAUCGCUACACGAAGUAGCAAGUUCAUGAGAGACCAUGCUACGCCGUCAAAUUCAACCUUUGCCAAAGCACUGGACGAUGCAAUGACAUCCCAUAUGGCCACAGAUAAAGGCACACCUACCGCCAAAUCAGAUCCAGCUGAAGGGACCACUCUCGCAGUAGUGCACCACAACUGGUCGGCUCCCACGACACCGCAACGCUCAGUGGCUGCUGUGUUGCUGUACGUACCCCCACAGACCAAUCCAGAAGACGACCAAAGGCACAAGGCGCGUAUGCGCAUGAUGGGGCGGUCACCGCCUACCAAGCGCAAACUGGACACUACAGCUCCGAGCCCAGGCCACUCGAGUGCUUCACGGAAUCUGUUCAACACUACAUCCCCACGCAAAGCUGUCGCUGCCACAGCGAAAAGUGGUGCCAAGUCGCACAAUAGCGGGACACCAUCUCUGCUGAGCUCAAGUACGGCCAAUGACUCACCGAUCAACAACACGCGAAGAGGAAGCUCAGAAGCACUUGCGAGUGCAGAGAUUGUGUGUGUGUCGCACGCACGAAGCAACAGCUCGCGUGUGCAUACAUACCGGAGAUCAUCACAAGAAUUGCCCAAGAGGGUCAAGAGCACACCGACCACACCUGUGAAAGAUACUUCUUCAAUAGCAACACAAGCGCCUGUUGAUGAUAGUAUGAGUCAUACCCCAGUACGGGACAGCCUGCCCCGGACUCGUCGACAGAGUUCACACCACGUGAAACACACACCAACGUCAAGUACAAAGGUCUCCAGCACUAUCAGUGGACUCGCACGAGCGGAAAGGUACUCGCCCACGAAGGCAAAGGGAGAAGACGUCAAUGCACUGCGGCGCAUUAGACAGACACAGCAGACAGACACAACACCACCAGCAACGCCACACGUAGCUGUACAACAGCAGUCUCCUAUCACUUCAAGGUCGGACGUGCUAGAGAGCGCACGCGCACACAAUGGCAAGCCCGCGCCAUUAAACAAUGACAAUGAUUCCACACCCAGAAGCGAGCGAUUAAGUGAUGUAGAUAAGAAUGCACCAGACGCUCACGAGGAUAGUAUACUGCAGUCCGGGACCGCUGAGAGCCAUGCGGACCGUGAUAUAAACGGAGCUAACAAUGACAGAGGUGUGGCUGUGGCAGAGGCUGAUGAGGUGGCUAAACCUGUACCAAGGAAGAGUACAAGGAAUACAACCUUGCGAGCGGCAAGUGAGGGCAGAAACGCAUUACACGUAGUGAGUGAUGAAAACAAGACCCUGCCCGAGACACCAGCGAGACAAACUGGACUGACGCGCAGUGAGAGGCUGUUUGCGUCUGUGAGAGGUGUGCAACAGGCACCGCCCACACGCACAAUGCCUAACCUUGCCAGCCCAGCUAAAGACAGUCACACACGCACACCCAACCCCACGUCCACUCCCUUACUACCCGACAUACGUACACCUAUACGUGAGCAUGAACCUACGCAUGACCGCACAGACACCUCCAUCCCGUCAGAGACGGCCAUAAAUGCGACCAGCACAACGGCACACGCUUCAUCGCAUACCAGUGGUGUGCAACUGGCAGAGGUGCAGAGCUUAUUCACGCCAAGACAAAUCAACCGUCGGCUCCCCCCAGCAUACGAACUUCUUAGCAAGAUGCAAAGCGCACUGGAUUUGGCGCUACGUCACCGCAAGGGCCUUAAGGAGAACCUCACCUUUGCCCGCGCUCAGACCUGGAUCCACCAGAGUCUGCACAAGACCUUCACAGAGAAGCAUCUGAUGCAGAUGAUGGCAGUAUGGCCUGAGAUGUACCAUUUGCAACGCGAACUGUCGCAGAAAGUGUCUGAGCUACGCACAGCCACUACCUACAGAGAAAAGUUUAUGCUCCUGAUAGAUGCAGAUCUGUCCCACACUACGCCAGAGGGAAAGGUCCUCCACACGUCUAUCAAGACUAUCCAAACCCGGCAGACACAAUUCCGACUGAUGCUGCUCAAACGCACAUUGGACCUCCACCGGGAAUAUGUCAUCGCAAAGGGCUUUACAGCCGAAUAUGAUGACGAGAUUUUGAAGUCUUGGCACCCUGGAUUUGAUCUGAAUUCUGUUCCUGAAAUUGAAGAAGCGGCCAUACCGCAACCCCCCGUCCAGCAGAAAUACGUGUCAGCGGCGGCAGUUCUGGGGAAAGCUGGCCAGAUGAGCGAUGUCGUACGAUUGGCUCUGGAGAAGGCUGCCGCAAACAGGCGCAAGCGCGAAAACGCACGCAAUGUGUGGGCCGGUAGUGCUGACAACAGCGUGUCGACGGACAAACGCGCUCUGCAUGCAGAUACAGCAGAUGCAAUGGAGGGUGAGGGAAGCUCGGCUGACUGUAGGCAGGCAGGGGCACUUGGGAAGGAGGGUAGUCAAAAGAACAAGAACCGGAAACCCCGAAGUGGGGUUGCGAGUAUACUGGGUGAUGUUCUGCGCACAAAGCCUGGGGUGGAAACAAGCAGUGACACACCCUCCCAUGCACACGCGACAUUUAGAACAAAGCCUUGCGCGCACACACAGGCGACUUCAGAGGACAAAGCCCACAGUGAGCUGCAAGCGCACGCACAGCUGCAUGGGCGGGUACGGGCCGAUGGGUCUGUAUAUACACGGGAUGUUGUACUUGGAAGCGCAGACACAGUAAAAACUGGUACGACGGCGCGUAAGGGUAUGAGUGACACUGUUAUGGCCGCACUGGCGCGUGCUAAAAAAGAGAGGCAGGCUCUCAAAGUUCAGUGCAAUACCAACCAAUCACCUGCAAGACCGCGUGGUGCACGGUCGAGUGAAUCGGAGAGAAAGAUUCAGACAGAGAGUCACUUGAGUGGAGAUACGGUUGUCGCACCAGCGCAGCAGACUACACGUACAAUUCAAGGUGCGGAUAGCGGGACAAAAAUCGGGACAGCGAAACCACAGUUGGCGCGUGUGAGGCGCAAGCAACUGAUCCCUGACAAUCUCCUCGCACGAGUCAAGGCCAAAGGGGAGAUGAAGGCGCGGCAGCAGAUGUUUGGGCUAUCUCAAGCCCGCAGUGAUGAGCUCGCACUGGUAGAGAGACUGCCCAGUAUGGCCCUUCUGCUGCAUUCGUUGUACGAUGUGGGACAAGGACAGAAUUCCGCGGGCGCUUCAAGAACGGUGCUGGCUCUAGAUGUGGUGGCUGAAAAAAUGCAAGCCACUUAUAGGCCGCGUAUCCCUAUCGAUAAAAUGUAUGCCAGCGUGCGUCUGCUUCUCAAACUAUGUCCGCCAGGGUGGAUUUCGGAGUUCCGUACGGAUAAUGGAUGCUUUCUGAAGCUAAACAAGCAGAUGAGUGUAAGUAGUGUGAAAAGUGAGCUUGAGCGACAUCGCGAAACUGCUGUUGCGGAAAGAGAAAGUGCUAGAGUACUCGUAACGGGAGGGGCUAUUGAUUUGGAGGAGGCUAAAGUACAAGCCAGUAGAAUCAGGCAGACGGCUGCCGUCAAGAACAGAAUGAUGAGAAACAAAUUAUUAUAAUAAUGGAUGGGCAUCGCCCAAAUGAACUGGUGCCCCGAGGUUCUUAAGAUUCAGUUCGUAAAGUUUUUGUGUCUUGUGGGUAUAGCUCCCAUUUUCUACUAUGCAACGCUGCACCAAUGUGUGCGCAGAAAUAACCUGGUCAGAUAAUCAGGGUGAGUAUCGUAACCUGUAUCAGCAGAUAUAUAUAUCCUACGUGUGGACUAUGGCAGUGAGGCGUGCUUCUAAUACCAUCAUGGACAUAACACGCACAUCGACC